AUGGGACGCAAGAAAAUUAUUAUAUUCAAAAUCACGGACGACCGAACCCGUUUUGUGAAGUUUAAGAAACGCAAUUUUGGUGUUAUGAAGAAAGCUUAUGAGUUAAGCGUAUUAUGUGAUUGA